AUGUACAACUACAGCUGCAGUGCAGCUGCAGUUGAGAGAUGCAGAGCCAUGCUGCCAAGCGCAGACCAUACAGCCUCUGCUCCCACCUCGACACUCUCCAAGGUCUGGGAGUUCAUCCUUUCGGGUCGGGGAGGCCCAGGGCAGAGGCUGGUACAUCAAGCAGACUGGUUAGCUUCCUUGACGAUGGGAAGUGGCUCACAAAUCUCAGGUACUGACUACCACAAUGCUCUGAAGCUAGGCUAUGACAUUGAGAAACUCUGCUGGCCCGAGUGGUUGCUUGCAGAGGAGCAGGUGGCCAACCUGUUGCCGCAGCAUGUGGUGGCGCCGGGCACGACCUUGGGCCAUGUCGGCGCAGAAUCAUCCAGGUGGCUUGGGCUGCCCGAGUCGUGCCGGGUCCUCGCUGGUACGACGGAUUCCAUAGCAGCCUUCCUAGCUGCUGGCACGACGCAGGUUGGUGAAGCUGUCACAUCACUUGGUUCCACCAUGGCCAUCAAGAUGCGAAGCCUGGUUCGCGUGGAGGAUGCGGCCUUCGGGGUCUACAGCCACCGUCUAGGUGGCAACCCGCUGCAAUGGCUCGUUGGAGGAGCUUCCAACACUGGAGGGGUGGUCCUUCGCAAAUUCUUCACGGAUAAGGCUCUGAAGCAGCUGAGUGAUGAAAUUGAUGCUGAAGCUGAUUCAGGCUUGGACUACUAUCCACUCCCAUCUCCGGGCCAGCGUUUUCCCGUGUGCGACAGCGCUUUGCAGCCGCGGCUCGAGCCGCGACCCGCCUCCGAUGCUCAGUUCCUGCAUGGCAUCCUGGAAGGCAUGGCGCGGAUCGAGGCCGCUGGAUAUGGAAAGCUUGCCGAGCUCGGGGCCGGGGACGUUUGUCGUGUCGUCACGGCCGGCGGUGGCGCGAAAAAUGCAAAGUGGCGCCAAAUCCGGCAGCGGCUCAUUGGCGUGCAGGUGCAGAGCGCCGACUGGACCGAGGCGGCCUGCGGAAGCGCGCUGCUCGCCCUCCGAGGCUCCGGCUUGCUCGGCUGA